AAAUUUUACAAAUGCAAAAGACGCUGAGGCUGGACAUAAAACUGAAGCUGUGGCACCAGAAGGUUCUAAAGUUCCCAAAAAGAAACUAACGACAUCUCUUAGGGAACUGGUACAAAAGAAGUUUGUUGAUAUUUCAAAAAAACUAAAAGAUCCUGACACUCCGCCUAUUCAGCCUGGGAAAAAUAUAUGGAUUGUGAUACGAGACAACUGGAAGCAAUUUCUGGGAAUCGGCAUACUAACUGACAUUCUUUUUGCUUUGGUUGUGAAUAAAAUCAGCGAGUAUCGUGUCAAUUCAGCUCUAGAAAAUGGUACUCGACUCAAGCCAAAAGUGCUGAAGAUGAAACAUGGAACCGGGAAGACAACAUUGACCAGAAUGGUGGCAACGAAUGUCGGAAAAGGCGUCAUAUAUGUUGAUAUCCCCUCCGAUUUUGAGAACUUGGGAGAAGCUUUUGGAAAGGCUAUUAAUUUGUCAUUCUUCGAAGACGUCUCCAUUACAACACUACUGAUGCGGGAAUUUUUUUCCGUGAUGGUGUACAAAAAAAAGAAUCAUAAACCGCCUGUCAUCAUUUAUGACAAUAUGAGCCGAAUAGUUAAAGAGAAUGCAAAAAUUCUUGAUAUACUUCAAGAUGACGCAAAAGAUAAUGCUGAUGAUAGAGAAUAUAUUGCUGUGUUUGUCAGCAGUGAAGGUUCGGUGCCUAGAAGAAUGGAAUCACGUAGUGCCUGGUCACGAGCAGAUAAACCGGUGAUGAAGAUUGGCGAUCUCAGUGAAAAGGAAUCAAUGGAUUAUCUAGUCAACAAGCUUAAGAUCAACUCUGUAGAAGCAAAAAAAUUAUAUGAAUUGGUUGGUGGGCGUAUCGUGGAUCUAAAGUCUGUGGCGGACAAAUUUCUAGCUGGACAAUCUCUCGAAGCCAUUAAACAGCAAAUAUUAACUGAAGUCAAUAAGAAAUUUUAUUAUGCAAAACUCCUUCCAGAUCAAGCACGUCACGAAGCAGGAAAGCAUGUUAUCGGUGCAUUGAUUGAUUCUAAGGAGAUUCAUACUAGUGUAUUUAGAAAUUUUAUCGGUGAUGAGGAAUUCGGUGAAGUUUUAGGAGCUAACGUGUUUGCAUAUCAUCCAUCAAGAGAUACCGUGACUUUUCAGUCUCAAUCGGUAGAAUACUAUAUUCGGGAAAACGCUAGUAUAUUCGGUAACACCCAAGAAGGAAAAAGGAAGAUGUAA